AUGCUUAUCAUCGUCGUUGCGCUAUUCACGUUGUGCUGGUUGCCCCUGCAAACGUACAAUCUAUUGCAACACAUAUUUCCUCAAAUAAACGAGUAUCCUUAUAUCAACAUAAUUUGGUUCUGUUUCGAUUGGUUCGCCAUGAGCAAUAGCUGUUACAAUCCAUUUAUUUAUUCUAUAUACAACGAAAAAUUCAAACAAGAGUUCAAAAUGCGGUUAGACUUCAUGGCGGGUAAGAGGCGGCUUACCAGGGAUCUGAGCGCGUUUUCCAGUGGCCGGUUCGAGUGGCGCACCAAUCACGUGAACACUCACGAACGAAACCUGAAGCACAGCUCGAUCGUCACCAACGACACGCCACUGAUACUCACACCCGACGCGUGA